CUGCCUCUGCCACUACGGCCUGCCCUGCUAGCCCAUCGUCUUGAGAGAAAGAGAGAGAGAAGUGAGGAAAGGUAGAUACACACAGUACCUCCUGAUCUGGACCCCUUGGAACUUGGGUUUCUAGAGUCGCAUCUCACUUCUCAUCCACCACUCCCCAAAUCCGAAGUCUAGAUCUGGGCUGCUGUCAUUCUUACCGCCGCCGCCGCCCUGCAAACCUCGACAUACCGAUGAGGUAGAGUUGCAGGACCAUACAACUCACUCAUCUGACCUAUCCUCGGUUUGCCUAAUUCGACCUCACUCUCACACGACACCAACACAGUCGCAUAAACCACGGCCGCAGCUUACUACAACUUCAGACAUCACUAUCCUCACCCAAAAGAGCAUAGGUUGAAGCAAUCACCGCUUAAAUCUGCUAUCUUGACCGGUAAGCAUGAACGUUUCUCAGCAAUCAAUCUUGUAUUCUGCUCCGAUUCGGCGCAAGUCUGUUUACUGUUGCCUUUGCCUUUGCCUUCGUCUUGAUUACACUCCUACACAUAUCACCUCUCCUUCUACCCCUCGACCCAUGCUUUACUGCUUCUUUUGCAUAAUCCCUAUCACCAAGGUCGACGACGCAUUCGUUUCCUGUUAUUCCCCAGUCAGAGUAGGAAACGGAGCCAACACCCUGGACAAGACGAUGUUCUGGUCCCCGGCCGCGCCUGGUUUUCCUAACCUCACCCCCCGUACAACCCGUAACUAGACCUGAUGCUGGGCCAGCUCAGACCUUGCUUUCCUCAUCGGAGACAAAAAACGGGUGUGCCAACCGACACUGGCGCUGACAUGGUAUAUUGCCAUCCACUGGUUGCUAGUACCUGCAGCCAUUCAUCGUUCUCCCUGCCCCCACGCAGUGUCUGGCAUCAAUAACUAUUACCUACUUGUGGCACCUGUUCAAAGCAAACGCCUGACCAUGCCCAUGUUUCUAGAGCCGCGUGCGUUGUGCCCCUCUUUCUUCACGGCCUGGUUGUCACUGAGGCAUGCCCGGGAUAGCUUCAGAAUACCCCCACCUACUACCCAUCCUGCUCGUUAUGACCUAGUGCCUCUACGGGUACUGCUCAUGGGUUUCUGCUCCUCCUUCUGCGUGCUCAAUUUUUUCAGUCAAAGCUACUUGGUGGCUCUACUGGCCAAGCCAAGCGGUCGUCUUAUUGCACGAGGGAUAUCUCCCGCUCAUCGUCCCCUUUAGUCUAGACCUUCAAAUUCUAACACGACCAACAGGUUCGAAUCCUUACCUCAACUUGGAUAUUCGCCUGUCUUUGUCCGCUACUCAGUCUACCUCACGCGGCAGGAUCCUAUCUCUCUGAUCGGCAAAAAAAGGCCUUGGUUUCCCCCAACUCGUCAUCCCAUCAGCUUGCGCCACUGAAGAGCACCCCACGUGCGGUUCUCUACAUUAACACGCAGCUCUUCUACACAACUCUGCUACGAGGCGACGUCACUCGGCAUACCCUUGUGCGAGUGGCUGCUUUGCUUGCCUGCCGCCGACGCAUAAUCACAUCCGCAGAGCCUCCUGCUGUCAUCAGCUAUCUCCCUGCAGACAUCCACUGUCAGCUUGCCAAUACUGGAGGGCACAUAGGCUGCUGUCUCUUACAACGGUCACUUUUGGACACCGUGAUUCCACGGGCGUCUGUUCAUCAUGAAGUUCGGCAAGCAGAUUCAGAAGCGUCAGCUUGAAGUUCCAGAGUAUGCCGCUAGUUUUGUAAACUACAAGGCUCUCAAAAAGCUGAUCAAGAAAUUGUCGGCUACGCCCACGCUGAGCGCACAACAUGACCCUCUCCGCUCCGCAAUAUCUAUAGACUCCCAGGCUGCCCUUCAGGCCAACAAGGCCACAUUUUUCUUCCAAUUGGAACGAGAGCUCGAAAAGGUCAACGCCUUUUACCUACAAAAGGAGGCAGAGCUCAAGGUGCGACUGAAGACUCUUCUCGACAAGAAGAAGGUGUUGCAGUCUCGCAAUGGUGUUUCUAGACGUUCGGCCAAGUUCACAACUCUCGAAGAGGGCUUCCAACAGUUUGCCAGCGACCUGAACAAGCUGCAACAAUUUGUUGAGAUCAACGGAACUGCUUUCUCCAAGAUCCUCAAAAAGUGGGACAAGACGUCAAAGUCGAAAACCAAAGAGCUCUACCUAUCCAGAGCAGUCGAGGUCCAACCCUUCUUCAAUGCCACCGUCAUUAGCGAACUAUCCGAUCAGGCCACUACUAGUCUCCAAGAGCUGGGGGCUUGGGCCGAGGGUGACAAUGUCAGCUUCGAGCCUCGUAGUGAUCAUAUCGUGAGCAGCCAGCAUCUGCUCGGAACCGACGAAGGUGAUGCGGAUACACUACUCCUCGAUACGGUCAUCUCAGGGAACCUCGAGGCGUUGAGGGAUCUGCUGAUUCGAAUGCGGACGGCUGCUAGCUCGUCCUCGGGCUCCGACAUCUCUUUGAUGGAGAGAGUGACUAGAACGUUCCUCGCUGCCAUCCACGAAGCGCCUAAAGAGACUCUACAGGCUCUCCUCGAUACGGGCUUGGUCGACAUACAGUCAGAGGACGACAUUAACGAACGAAAUUGCCUGCACCAAGCCGCCAUCUACGGGAACUCAUUUGUCCUUGAAUACGGCUUGGCAAAAGGUGUUGCUGUCAGCCGUACCGAUGUGUAUGGCAGGGUUCCGCUGCACUAUGCCAGUAUGCAUGGACGAUUGGACAUGCUCGAUGCCCUGACUAGCGCGGAUACUUCAACGAUAGAUUUGAUCGACCAUGACAACUUUACCCCUCUGGUACACUCAAUCAUCCACGGCCACCUUCAGUGCGUCGAACGAUUGCUAGCAAAGUCCGCUCGAAUCGACCCUGUCUCUGACGCAGACCAUGUACCGUUGAACCUGGCCUGCGAGCAUGGUUCGUUGGCAAUUGUGGAAAUGCUCCUCCAGCAUGGAGCACAGAUCGUUCCCGACGCUGAAGGACUCUAUCCCCAACACCUUGUCGCUCGGUCAGGCCAAAGACCAGAGCUCCUCCUUUUGCUCAAGAACUUUGGAGCAAAUCUCGAUCAGGUUGAUAAGUUGUACGGAUGGACGCCCCUGGUUCAUGCCGCGAGCGAAGGCAACGUUCCCUGCCUCCAAGGGUUACUGGACGUCGGAGCAGACCCCAAUAUCGUCGACGAGAAGGACCUGCCAGCAAUGUAUUACGCUGUCUGGGAAGGCCACCUCGAAUGUAUGCAAUUGCUUGCACCGUACAACGCAAGGACGAAGGCGAGCCCCAUGAUCAUGCAGCCCGGGUUGGGACCAAUGAUGAGCAGCGGACCCGACCCGAUGGCCCUUGACCCGGAUGCCAUCCCCGAACUUGAGCUGCCGCCGCCGAUCAUACCGUUGCGCCGGUACGGACACAACUUCCUGGACACCAAGACGGUCAUUCAGAUCAGCUUCGAGGAAAAUGGGGACCAACCCUUAGUGUUCUUCCACGACGGGAAGUACCCUGCCGCCCGACUCACCAUUUCAUCAAAGGUUUCGGAUCUCAUCCCGAAGAAUAUUAUGCUGCCUUUCCAAGAAGAUACCCGUAUUGUUUCCUUUCAAAUCGACAACCUGGAGUCAUUUACACUCGAUUUCGACGUUUUCCCUACCUACGGCGCGAAGAUCAUUGCGAAGACGGUGGCCCUUCCCAAUACCUUCAAAGCGCUGCUUAGUAGCUCUGGGAAGUGCUGUCUGCCCCUGUUCGAUCCAAGGCUACGAGCAAUUGGCCAGAUCAGCUUCCACACUCAGGUCAUCAAGCCGUUCAACGGUAAGCCACUGGAGAUUACGGAUUUCGAAACGUACUGGAAGGCAACAAGCCAAUUCGACCGCAGUCCAAGCACAUUUGUGACUGGUUCGAGUUUGUCAGGCGACUUUGUCCAACUCUUCGUUCAGCACACCAGCGAUGGUGUACCUGUCUUGUGGCCGAGAUGGACGAUACCAUGUGGUGGAAUUGACUUGCCCAUCUCAAGAUUGACAAUGGAGCAGUUCAAUACGAUCACGUCAAAGAGCCCUAGCAGAGCCGAACUGGCAUCAUUACCAACAAGGCCUCUGGACGCAAUUGCGGACGUCCAUCGGGUUCUUGCGACAGCGGGUAUCCCUCUCAAUGAGGCGCUGGCUCUGCUCCCGCAUGGCAUGCAUGUCAACAUUCAGAUUUUGUAUCCGUCACUGGACGAGGAAAGGUCACUGGGUCUGGGCCCGUCGUUGGACCUGAACACAUUCGUCGACUCUCUGCUCACUAUUGUGUUUGAUCACGCCCGCGCUCAGCGAGCUCAGUCACUCGAGUCAGUCCGUUCUGUGGUGUUCAGUUCAUAUAACCCGAGCAUGUGCACAGCACUCAACUGGAAGCAGCCAAACUUCCCCGUGUUCUUGUGCAACGAUCUGGGACGGGAGGAUGUCAUGGCGCCGCCAGAUAUCAUCCAGAGCCACGGCAGAAGAUCUGCGUCAAUCAAGGAGGUGGUCCGGGUUGCGCAAGGCAACAACUUUAUGGGCUUAAUUUGCUGCUCACGGCUUUUGGAGAUGGUCCCGGCCCUGGUGGACGCCAUCAAGUCACACGGUCUUGCGCUGGUCACAGACAAGUCACUGGAUCCGUCGUCGACAAAUUCUCUGACAGAUCCGUUCCCGCGACUACCCAAGGGAGUGGACGGUGUCCUGAAAAGUCACGGUGUCUUGCGCUUCAACGAAUCCAUAGAUGUGUAGUAGAUUGAUGUAAUUACGUGUCAGCAAAAGUAAAUAGACUUGUGUGUGCACCUUUUUUCAAUCUCGAUUCUUGACAGCCUGACCUCUGGACAUUCCUUUUUCGCGCUCGCUGCAUCAUAGUUAUAUCGUCAUUCCGGCAUAAGUCGUAAGGUUAACUCCAUCUGGUCCCGUGGUAUUCGUAGUAAAACAAAAGAAUAAUACAGAUCCCCCGCCGCCACGUAGCUAAUCUUCCCUCGAGUCAUAAGCGUCACGCGCCUUUGAAACCAUACUUGAGCGCAGCCAACUCCUUUUCCGGAUCGACGCUGCCCAUGACCACCUUUGCGAUCAGAACAACGACGUACACUAUAGCAGGCAAGUUCCCCAGCCCCACGUGGCCAAACGAAGCCUUCUCGCUCGACUUCGUCGCCAACCCCGCCAGGAUGAGCAUACCGCAGAGUCCGAGGUUAAGGUACGGCAGAUACAGCUCCAGUGGGCCUUUUUGCUCCUCUGCAAAGGAGAAGGAGCUCCGCCUGCGUCUCCUCUGCGUCGUCUGGAUGGGUUGGUAGGACGACGGGCCGCCGGAGACGGACGAGGUCGAGGACUCGAGCGAGGAGGCCGGGCUGGGGCGCGGGGUUUUUGGUCGGGACCAGGCGUCGAGCCAGGGGAUUCCGGUCGCGCCUGGGGGUUGGGUGUGGAGGAGGUAGGCGGUCGAGAGGAGGGAUGUCAGAGAGAGGAGGGAGGUGAGCGGGGCGGAGAGGCGGGCUAGGUUUAUGAGGUAGGGGAUCGUUGUUAGGAGGGGGAGGGCGAGGAGGGCGGUUGCGAACUGGGCGUUGCGGGUUGCGUUGUCUUCUGCGAGGCGGCGGAUGAGGGUUUCUUGCUCUAGGUUGGGGGGUUGAGUGUUAGCUUUUGAUGUAAGACCGAAUGGAAAGAUGAAGAGUGAGGGGAAUGGGAUGGAUUGGGGAUGAGUCUUUUGUGUCUUUCGCAUCGUACCCUCUUCGUCCAUGGCUUCUGGCUGUGAGUCUGCCGAGUCGUCGUCUGUGGGAUAGUGGAAUGUGCGCCGCAGACGAGCGGCCGCGCCUCGAGGUUCUGCCAUUUUGGUAUGGAUGUUGUCAAAUGCGCGAUGAGCUGUAACGGAUUGCUGGUGUUUUGUAAUGAUGUCGUAGCUGGUAAAGGCGCAAACACCUGGUCUAAGUGUUAAAGCUCAGCCGAUGAAGACAGAUUUGUAGAAGCCUAGGUAGGUAGCUACGUAAGGUACGGAUGCAAAAGGUGUAGAUGGAG